AUGACUCUACGACCAGCCUCACGAUCUGCGGAAAUGAGCGAUGAGGAGAUGCUUCCCGAACAUGACGAAAUUAGCAAUGAUGAAGAGAACAAGACCACACAAAGUUUGGAAGGUCCUGUUUCGAAAGUCGCUUGUGAUAGAUGCCGUAGACGCAAAAUCAAGUGCAAUCGCCAAGACCCCUGCAACCAAUGCCUUCGAGCAUCUCUCCAGUGCACAUUUCCAGAAAUUCAGAAUCGAGCGAAGCGACAGCGGAUUUUGGUUUCAAGCUUGUAUGAAAGCAGGAUCGAAGAUAUAACCAAAAAGCUUGACGACUUAGCUCGCCUCGUGCAGCGGCUCGAAGUGCGGCCAGAUCGAGAUCUUUCACAACUCAGUACCAUGAAUGCCAAUCUACAUGCGACCAGCAAAUCGUCACGACCACCCCAAACAUCCACUCCCGAUCAUGAGGGCAUCGACAUUUCCUUGCUCCUAAAUGUGAUCCAGGUGGCCGACUUACUCGAGACAGUCCUAGAUCAUGAGGAUACUGGAGACCAGUCAUCCGCUGCCGCUGACAUUCGACUAUCUCGUCAGACUUUGCAAGACGUUUUACGGUCUCAAAGUCGGCAUAGCAGCCUCCAUGAAGGUCCACCAUUUGCAAAAACAUUGCCUCCGGGCAUGACUCUAAGAGAUCUUCCUCUUCCAACCAUAGAAAAUGUCAUGGCAUGUCUCAGAAUGGUUCAAGAUCACGGGACCACCACAGUCCCCUGGCUGGGAGAGACAAUGUCAUUCGGCGAUUUUACCCUCAUCAUCGUUCAAGUUUGUUCUCCUGGGCCCAUUACCGAUGUCGUACUCAUCAUUGCCCUCUCUGGACUGUAUUGGAUGUUCAACAUGUGCGGAACAUGGGCAUCUCCUGUUACCCGAGAGGAUUUCAAAGACCAAGCAAGAUUAUGCCAAAAUAGCCUCGAGACAGUGUUGUCGACAUUGAACUUUUGGUUACCCACAACAGUCGAUGCCGUUCUGGCCAUGAACUUAGCGUCUGUAUAUUGUCUUCAAAAAGGCAAAAUCUACGCUUGCUGGACGUUCAUCAACAAAGCCGCCAUGCUCGGCCAAGCGCUGGGCCUGCAUCAAGACAGUUCGUCGUCUGGACUUGCUUCUGAAGAACGGCAUCGGCGCUUUUGUCUCUUCUGGUCAACUUAUUGCAUCGAGCGACCCACAGCACUCAGGCUCGGGCGUCCUUCGACGAUACGUGAUGGGCACAUUACGAUACCGAAGCCGGACCAGUACCCCACCCUUCAAGGCCUUACUUCGAGCAGACAAAGCUUGAUACAUGCUGUCGAGAUGUCAAGGCUUCAUGGCAGCGCAUAUGAUGACCUUUUCUGUCCGGGCGCACUUGCGCUCCCUGCAACGCAUCGGACAACACGCGGUCAAGCCAUUGCUGCAGAAUGGCGUGCUCUAAUCGCUUCGAAAGAAUCUUCUAUGGCCCGAUGGGAUGAAGACUCGCGUGGCACAAUCGGAGAAUUGAUGCCAGUUGAAUUCGCACAGCACGCCACCAGAGCCACUGAUUACCUGCUUCUUGUCGCCAUUUACCGUGUUGCAUUCAGCAAGCCAUCAACGAAGGUUUCUUCCGAAUGCAUAGCCGCUGCUCGUAUAAGCCUCCGUGAGCAUACUCAGUGUAUCGCACUGCUCGUCAGCUACAACAACGAUCCUGCUCCGUUCGAGCUAUGGGUCAAUGGGGGACUAAUUCUCUUUCCGUUCGUGCCUUACAACAUCAUCUUCUGCAGCGUCAUUGAGACUGCCAAUCUCGCAGACCUUGAAAGUCUGAAGACUUAUGUUGAUGCUCUAGCGUCGCUCGCAAAAAAGCCAGAAUACACAUCAUGCACAAAGCAACUGGAGAUAUUCAGGGCGCUGCACAAGCUGGCUUUAGUGCACAGUGAAAUCAGGGCCCAGAUGCAGCUAAGCUCCUGUCCAUCUGGCCCGUUAUCAAGCAGCGCGAAGGACGCAGAACUGGAGGGAUUGCCGAACACAUUAGGAGGGCUACCGUCAUGGCAUGAUCGUGAUGGGAUGUGGAACGGGAGCAUAAAUCUCACCAACGAACCCUCUGUUUUAGCAAGUCAGCCAUGGGCCGACUUCGGUGGCAUGGAUCUUGAUCCACUUGGUACGCAGUUGGGGUAUUGGAUUCAGGAAUCCAGCCAAGAUUUUGACAAUUUCGGCGAGACAUGA